CCCGCGGACGCGUGCAUCUGCUCUGCGCUCCUGCGGGUCCCGUUGGGUUCACCAGAGUUCGGGGACCCGCGAGCCCGGGGUUCGAGCGGUCUGGGCGCUGGGCCGGCUCAGCUGCGCCCUGGGCGCAGGGAAGAUGAGGAAGCCCGACGGGAAGAUCGUGCUGCUGGGGGACAUGAACGUGGGCAAGACGUCGCUGCUGCACAGGUACAUGGAGCGGCGCUUCCCGGACACGGUCAGCACGGUGGGCGGCGCCUUCUACCUGAAGCAGUGGCGCUCCUUCAACAUCUCUAUCUGGGAUACCGCAGGACGGGAGCAGUUCCACGGCCUGGGCUCCAUGUACUGCCGGGGGGCGGCAGCUGUCAUCCUCACCUACGAUGUGAACCACCUGCAGAGCCUGAUCGAGCUGGAGGACAGGUUCCUAGGCCUGACAGACACAGCCAGCAAAGACUGCCUGUUUGCCAUUGUGGGGAACAAAGUGGACCUCACUGAGGAGGAGGCCACCGAGAGCCGGGAAAAGGAAGAGCACACCCCGGGGAAGGCCAUCGGUGGCUACGUCUCCCCCAGGGUGCCCAAGCAGGUGCAGCUGGAGGACGCAGUGGCUCUUUAUAAGAAGAUCCUGAAGUACAAGAUGCUGGAUGAGAAGGAGGUGCCGGCCGCUGAGCAGAUGUGCUUUGAGACCAGUGCCAAAACUGGGUACAACGUGGACCUCCUGUUUGAGACACUGUUUGACAUGGUGGUGCCAGUGAUCGUACGGCAGAGGGCUGAGGAGCCAGCGCAGACUGUGGAUAUCAGCAGCAGCAAGCCGCCCAAACGGACCAGAUCUGGGUGCUGCACUUGACCUCAGUCUGCAGGGUGUGUGGGGGCGAGCUGGGGUCAGGGAGGAGCACAGAGCGGGGCAUUGCAGUUAUUUCAUAGAACGGUGUGCAAUGGGUGGGAGCAGCCUCUGGUCUGAUGCAGACCCCUGUGCACAGGCACCUGUGCGUGUCAGCAGGGGAGGAUGUAGAUCUGCAGAACCAGGAACCGACCCUGCCUUGCCUGCUGCCCCCCAUGUCCCCGGCAUCCUCUGCUGUGGCCCUCAUCCUUGCACAGUGGAAUCUGCAGUCUGGCAACCUGCCUUGGACCUGCCCCGUGCCCUCGGUAGUCACUUUUGUGCUUGCCUUGUUCUCAAACAUUUCUCUACACUGUGAUUCACCUGUGGUCCUAACAUUUGGUACUUAUAUCUUCAUGCAUUUUAAUAAUGAUCUCCUAUGUCUCAUUUAUACAAAAUC